AUGCUCUUCGGGAGCCAUGGCGCCGUCUAUUCGGCAUCGAUUUGCUCUACCUUCUGUCUUAUGGCCACAAUUGUUGUACUGCCCAUAGUGCACUUGAAGAUGCAGCAGAAAAUCAGCAUAAUGCUGAGCGACGUGGAAUUAUGCAAGGUGAGUUCUGAAGGUGUUAAUAGGCCGCAAAAGGCAUAACUUGCUAUCUGGAAGGUUUAUUUUUACUUUACGACAUUAAUUUAUAUUAUCCAUCCCAUUUCAGUUGGAAUCUCGCGAUUUAUGGAAGCAGAUGACGUUUGCCAAACCCGAGGCUUCCCGACAGAAACGUGGAUACGAUUCCAAUCCUUAUGGCGCAGGAGCUGCCGGAGCUGGGGCUUGUUGUGCUUGCACUCAGGGCGGCCCUGGCCCUCGAGGACCGCCUGGAAAGGAUGGAAAGCCAGGAAAAGAUGGGUUCCCGGGAACUGACGGUCAGCCAGGACGUCCUGGAAAGUAUCUUCCUGCCCCACCAGCCGGAACAAAUUCUUGUCAGAAGGUAGGAAAUGAUCUUUGAUAACUUUUGAUCUCAGGUGUCUAAAACAAUAUCGAUUUCAUUUUUCAAAAAAAAAACUGUUUUCUAUUCCGUGAUUAAUAUACUUCUGAAUGAGUGACUAAUCCUUAUUUUCAGUGUCCACCUGGCCCACCCGGACCACCAGGCCUUCCCGGAGCCAAAGGCUCCCGAGGUCCCGCCGGAAUCCCAGGAAGAGCCGGAAAGUCUGGAGAAAACAACCGACCCGGCCCUCCAGGUCCUCCUGGACCGCGUGGAGAACCCGGUCCGCCAGGACCAAAAGGAGUCCCCGGAGAUCGCGGAAAGGUUCUGAACGGCGCUCCGCCAGGUCCUCCCGGUCCCGCCGGCCGAGUCGGACCUCGCGGACAGCCCGGAGGAAGAGGGCACGACGGGAAACCCGGUCUUCCCGGACCAAACGGAAUCCGCGGAGGGGUCGGAGAUCGUGGAGCGCCCGGAAACCCAGGUCUGCCCGGCCCACAAGGACCGCCCGGAGAGCCGGGAAUGCCCGGAUCUUGCAGUCAUUGCGAGGGAAACCAAGGUCCGGCUGGGAAUGCGGGAGGCAGUGAUGGUGGUUAUACUGAUAAUCAGCCAACUCGGCGGCCAGGUCCAAGUGCUCCGGCUGCUGGGCCAUACGAAGAGCCAGUGGCACCACCAAAAGAAGUCAGCAGUGCCAGUUAUGGAGGUGGGAAUGACGGGCAAAACGGAGGAUAUCAAAGCGGACAAGGAUCAAGUGGAGGGACUCAAAAGGGGAGCGAAUACCUCUGGAUGAACUGA